UGCCCCGUGGGGCCCGGCCCAGCAUGAAGGAGGAGCCGCUGGCUGUUCGCUCCUGGAUGCACUCGGCCGGCGUGGUGGACGCCAACACGGCCGCUCAGAGCGGGGUGGGGUUAGCCCGUGCUCACUUUGAGAAGCAGCCUCCGUCCAAUCUGAGGAAGUCCAACUUCUUUCACUUCGUGCUGGCGCUGUACGACCGGCAGGGCCAACCAGUCGAGAUCGAACGCACCGCCUACGUCGACUUCGUUGAGAAAGAGAAGGAGCCGACGGGAGAGAAAACCAACAACGGGAUUCACUACAAACUACAGCUGCUCUACAGCAAUGGAGUGAGAACGGAGCAGGAUCUGUACGUGCGGCUCAUCGACUCCAUGACCAAACAGGCGAUCAUCUAUGAAGGUCAGGACAAGAAUCCAGAGAUGUGCCGAGUUCUGCUGACACAUGAGAUCAUGUGCAGUCGCUGCUGUGAUAAGAAGAGCUGUGGAAACAGAAACGAGACGCCGUCAGACCCCGUCAUCAUUGACAGGUUCUUCCUGAAGUUCUUCCUGAAGUGUAACCAGAACUGUCUGAAAAAUGCAGGAAACCCACGAGACAUGAGGAGGUUCCAGGUGGUGGUGUCUACAACAGUGCAUGUGGACGGUCAUGUUCUUGCAGUUUCUGAUAACAUGUUUGUGCACAACAACUCCAAACAUGGCCGCCGGGCUCGGAGACUGGACCCUUCUGAAGCAGCCACUCCCUGUAUUAAAGCCAUCAGUCCCAGCGAGGGCUGGACAACAGGGGGAGCCACCGUCAUCCUGAUCGGAGACAACUUCUUUGAUGGCCUGCAGGUCGUCUUCGGCACCAUGCUUGUGUGGAGCGAGCUGAUCACCCCCCAUGCUAUCCGGGUCCAGACUCCUCCACGUCACAUCCCCGGGGUUGUCGAGGUCACGCUGUCUUACAAAUCCAAACAGUUUUGUAAAGGAGCACCUGGACGCUUCGUUUACACAGCAUUAAAUGAGCCCACCAUAGAUUACGGCUUCCAGAGGUUACAGAAGGUCAUCCCUCGCCACCCCGGAGACCCAGAGCGACUGCCCAAGGAGGUGUUGUUGAAGAGAGCAGCUGACUUGGUGGAGGCGCUCUACGGGAUGCCCCAUAAUAACCAGGAGAUCAUCCUGAAGCGAGCAGCGGACAUCGCUGAGGCUCUCUACAGUGUUCCCAGGAACCACAGUCAGAUCCCAUCGUUAGGCAAUAGCGCCUCCCAUGGCAUGAUGGGAGUGAACUCCUUCAGUGGACAGCUGGCCGUCAACGUCUCGGAUACUACACAAGUUGGUUACAGUCGUAACACCAGCAGUGUGUCACCUCGCGGAUACGCCCCAAGCUCCACCCCUCAGCAGAGUAACUAUGGUAACACGGUCAGCAACAGUAUGAAUGGCUACGGCAACACGGGCAUGCCCAACCUUGGAGUGGCAACAUCACCAGGUUUUCUCAACGGGUCGGCUGCCAACUCUCCCUACGGCAGUAAGUAUCAAGUUGUUCCCUCCAGCCCCACUAUGGCGGUGUCCAACUGCAACUCCUCUCAUGGAGUUUUCUCCUUCUCUGCUGCCGUCAAACAGAAGAGCGCCUUCGCUCCUGUUGUCCGACCGCCAGCUUCACCUCCUCCUCCACCAAACUGCUCCGCCAACAACGCCAACGGGCUGCAAGCCAUGUCCGGCCUUGUCGUUCCUCCAAUGUAAAACUCUUCCUGGUCAUUCCUCAUCUAUUUCCUCCAUCUCAGCCACGAGCACCAAUCACCUCUAAGGAGGAGGGGCCUCAGUCAGCAGCUGACCAAUCAGGACGGAGUAAAAAAAAAGUACUGUUGUCUCUGGCAGGACGGAGCCUCCUGCUAUUAAAGAAGAAAAUAAGACUUUUUGUCCAGCAGUUUUCAACGGGUGCUUUCAGCUCUCUGUUAUUAUUCUGAUGUUAUUCCCGUGUUUUCUGUAGGGGUGGGGUCUGUUGGUGUAAAGACAUCGUUUCCUCUACAUGAGGCAUUAAAUCUGGUUGAGGAAACAGGGAACAGAUCCUUAUUUGACCUGAAGAUUGUAAACAUUAAAGGCCCAAAAUUAUUCAGAAACAUCCAACAAAACCUUUGCUGACAUCUGAUUGGUUCCUGUGGUCACCACCGUGUUGAGCAGCAGAUCAUGUCUUCCUGUGAGGUGGAUAUUCUACCCAUUUGAGUCCAGGUGAAACUUGGGGAGGGAGAACAGGAAGCUCCUUCUUUUUAUGUUUAAGGAUGUCUACAGAUGUUCCUCACAGUGUAAUUUCACAGAUUUUUGGUUUUCGUCAACUAAAUAUGAUUCUUUUUGACAAACGCCAUGAGGAAGAUUCGGGGCCCAGAGAAGCUCUGAAACCUGAAUAAUUUGGGCUCUCGUAUAGUUUUAAAAACUCAGCACAAAGAUAUCUGACCUCUGAAAGUGCAAGGAAAAUAUCAACUAAAAGAAAGAACAACAUAUGAAAAUGGUUUCUCUCCUUACAAUCCCUGCCCCUUCUUAAAUUAAGCCCACAUCCGCCUGUCUGUGUUUUUAUUAAAUUAGUUAUUUUUAGCUCCUAUGUGCUCCCAUGGUAAAAAAAAAAAAAAAAAAAGAAAGGAAAAAAAAAGUCCUGCAUCCUGACAGGCUACUGUGACUGUCUGUGUUCUUGUUCAGAGUUGUCUUUUUAACCAUGAUCCCUCCCACUACUCCGAAUGCUCCGCCCACCACAAAGCCCCGCCCUGACUGUCAAGCCUGGCUGUGUUUUUUGUGUGGAUUUUGUGAUUUUAGUUGUAGCCACUGACUGUAUAUGAACAUGGAUGCUGACAGCUCCCAGAAGUGAGGCUACAACGAGUCAAUCGCCCCCUGGUGGCCAGUUACAGUAGAGUUUAUAAAUCCCAUCCCCUUCAUAUUAGCAGAUGGGACAUGAGCUGAACUAAAACUCAAAGUACAAAUCAAAUCAGUUUUUCCCAGAGGUCACUUCUGUGACUUUUGGUAGAUAUUAUCAGGCCGAUGUCCGUACAAGAGAUCACCUUUCUGGUCAGGUUGUUUUUAUAAAGUUAUUUGAUGAUAUAAAAACAGAUGGACUUCAGGUGAUUUGACAGCUUUGAUUGGCAGCCUGAUACUAUGGCUUCACCUCUGGUCGCUACUGCACAAAAUCGGGGUGCAAAAUGCCAAGAUGGCAGCCGCCGUAUUUGAUACUGUGUUUUGGCUUCACACUUGCAUAGUGGAGGGAAGUGGUGACGCAUCAUCCAUUUUAUAUACAGUCUAUGGUUGCAGCUGGCUGAAUCUUAAACAUCACUGUGGUUGCUCACACCAUCCCACCCGUCACUGGGCUCAUCGUGGGAAGCUCUUUUGUACAGAAUAUAAAUAAUGUAUUUAUAUCUAAGAUUGUUUUGUAUAAAUGGAUGUCGAGUCAUAUCGUCUUCAUGCGGUUUUAAAUGUGUGUGUGUAUGUGGUGGUGCCACACUGAAAACAAGCCAUUGUUUUGUAUUAACAAAGAAACUGAAUGUUAACGUCCUCACAAAUUUAUACACUGUCAAUCAAAGCUGAUGUGUCCAAUCAGCUCCACUCAUUUUGUUUUUGUUGUUCUGAUUGUAACUCUUGUUUUGGUGACUGUUUGGCUGUACUGAAAUGAUUUCCUCACAGUGAAUAAAGUCAGCAGGUCGCCCCGGUGGACUCGGACGGCUUCUUUUGGCCAUCAAAGAAACAAAGAGUGUAACAGUGCGGUGAGAAACAAAUGUACAAGCUAGACAGAUUCAUAACACUUCGUUACAAAGAGUAAAGACAAGGUUAGAAUCGCCAGUUCUAUGAACUGUAUCUGAGAUUCUGUUAAUUCAAAAGAAGAAGUCAUACCCAGAAAGAUGACCAGCAGUUUAAUGUGCAGUUUUUUUAGUUAUACCAACAACACAUUUUAAUCUUUGAGACAUCACAAAAUGACAUGCAUAUUCUUAUCUUUAGUGGUAUAAAAACUAAAGCUUUUUCAAACUAAGGAUUGUGUUAAAUCACUGUUUUAAAACAACCAGGUCAGGAGUGGUUCUCCCUGUUUGUAAUGUGUUGUUAACUUAAAAUCUGAAAGGUAAAUGUUCUUCUUGUCUGCCAUGAUAUACAGUGUGUUCAUCAGCAAGUGCGACAAUUCAACAACACACAUCAUUGAAUAGAAGAAGGAACUACAAAAUAAUCGCCCUGUCCUCUGACUGCACCCAGUCAGGACCACAGUAAACUUCUUGGCAGUAUUAUAAACAGUCUGGUUCGUCUGCAGCAGCUCAGCUGGAGCCAGAUUAGUCCAGUAGAAGAAGAGGACGAUCAGUCUGACAUUUUGGAAAAUCCUCUUGUGUUUAUUGUUACUCAGAAAUCCUCAUCUGUGAAGGUGUGUGCUCAGACUUCUCUCUCCUGUUGCAGCUGGUUUAACAUUCAGCACAGCUGGAAACAAGACUUGUUGUCUUUCAUCCUGAAUGAGUUUCUCGAGUUCCCAAUGUAAAUCGUGUCUCUUAUCAUUUGUGCUUUAUAUCAUUUCUUUUAUUUUCUUUCACUCAGUUUAAAAGUGAUGAUUAAAAUGUGUUUUUCUGCUGUGAAAACCGAGAAAAACCAUUAAUGGACUUUCAUUAAAUGGCUCUGUUCCCUCAGUGGACACAAAAGCACAAACAGGAUUUGAUUAAGAUAAAUCACUGAUAACCUCAAACCCCAUU